GCCGAUCCUCCGCGGCCGGCGCCGGAAGUGUCGAGGAGUCUUGUAGUCUCUCAUGGCGGCGGUAGGGACCUGGGCGCGGCGCGGCGGUGACUGAACUGCGAGCCUGGCGGGCGUGCACCGAGCUACGUGCCCCCCCACCCCCGGGCUCUUCACCCCGAUGCUGCACGGGUGCUGAGCCCGCCCGGGUCGGGACGAUGGUGAAGUAUUUCUUGGGCCAGAGCGUGCUCCGAAGUUCCUGGGACCAAGUGUUCGCUGCCUUCUGGCAACGGUACCCGAAUCCCUAUAGCAAACAUGUCUUAACGGAAGACAUAGUGCACCGGGAGGUGACCCCCGACCAGAAGCUGCUGUCCCGGAGACUUCUGACCAAGACCAAUAGGAUGCCACGUUGGGCAGAGCGACUGUUUCCUGCCAACGUUGCUCACUCAGUGUACAUCCUGGAGGACUCUAUUGUGGACCCACAGAAUCAGACCAUGACCACCUUUACCUGGAACAUCAACCAUGCCCGGCUGAUGGUGGUGGAGGAGCGCUGUGUUUACUGUGUGAACCCCGACAACAGCGGCUGGACCGAAAUCCGUCGGGAAGCCUGGGUCUCCUCUAGCUUAUUUGGCGUCUCUAGAGCUGUCCAGGAGUUUGGUCUUGCCCGGUUCAAAAGCAAUGUGACCAAGACAAUGAAGGGCUUUGAGUACAUCUUGGCCAAGCUACAAGGUGAGGCCCCUUCCAAAACACUUGUUGAGACAGCCAAAGAAGCCAAAGAGAAAGCAAAGGAGACAGCCCUGGCAGCUACAGAGAAGGCCAAGGACCUGGCCAACAAGGCCACCACCAAGCAGCAGCAGCAGCAGCUGGUGUAGCUCCCUCUCCUUCUCCUCAUUGUACUUGAUUAUUAAAAAUCCACCUCCAGCCCUCUCUGCUGUCUGGGUGGUGGGGUAGGGUGGUGUCCUGGUCUGCAUCUGCAGUACACCUGGCUCAGUGUCUCCUGAGUCCAGCCUCCUUUUACCCCAUUGGGCAGAAAGGUGCAGUGACUUGCCCAGGGUCAAAGCAGUGUGCAGGUGAAGUGGUAAUACAUGGUAGACUGUACGCUCCAUGAGGGCAGGGCUCCUUGUUUUAUUCUAUGAACAAUAUUUAGCACAUAACAGGCACUCAAUAAACACUUGAUUUGAUUGGCCCCAG